AUAUUUUCCUGGGGCGACAACAAACAGACACACACACACACACACCGGAAGUCAACCUACAUUAAAUGUGGAGAAGAAGAGAAAACGCCGUGCCGUGGAUGGCAUUUUGACAAUAACGGCAUUAUUCGUGCGGUAGCCCGCGCUGUGUUGCCCUGUUCCUGUGCACGAUGGCUAACCAGAGAGUCCUCCCUCAAAGCAAAGAGUCUCUGCUACAGAACUACAACAAGAGACUAAAAGAUGACAUCAGGUCCAUUCUGGACAACUUCACAGAAAUCAUCAAAACAGCGAAGAUAGAGGAGGAGACGCAAGUGGCCCGAGCGACGCAAGCAGAGCAGGACCAUUACGAGAUGCACGUCCGAGCGGCCAACAUCGUACGAGCUGGUGAGUCCCUGAUGAAGCUGGUGUCCGAUCUGAAGCAGUUCCUGAUUCUGAACGACUUUCCCUCGGUCAAUGAUGCCAUCAGCCUCCAGAACCAGCAGCUCCGGUCACUGCAGGAGGAGUGCGACAAGAAACUCACCUCGCUCCGUGACGAGAUCGCCAUCGACCUGUAUGAGCUAGAGGAAGAAUAUUACUCCUCCAGGUACAAGUAGGCUCAUACUUGCUCCCAUCCCACCGCCCCUCUCUUGUGCAAUGCCCCACAUCAUGUACUGUCUCACAUUCAACAUUCCCUCCUAAACUCAAGGAAGGGUUUACUUCUUCCUGCAUCUAAACUGGACAUUUUUUGGCUUGAAUUUAUUAAUUUGACAUAUCCAGACAGUAUUUAUCAACUCGGAUCAUUGCUGGGCUUAAUUGCUAUGGAGAGCAUCUCACGAAGUGACUUUAUUGAUUAGUAAGUGCCUUGACUUUUUUCUGUUCUAAGUUGAGAUGACUUUGAAUAUUAACUGUCUACAUUUAUUCAGCUAUUGAACAAUCACAUAUCGAAAUGUACUUUUGAGAUUUCUAUGCAGCCAAAGGGCUUUGAAUGGUGCUCAGAUAUUUCAUAAUUUAGAGAAGAAAGUUAGGGCAUUGAUCUACUGCCAAGUUUAUUUAUAAAUACCAAAGACUUUCGCUUGGUCUACACAGCAUCCAAGAGGCUUUAGAGAUGUGUUGACAAUGGUCAGGCACCCUGAAGCAGGUUAGUGAAAUGUAGCUAUCGAUUCCUUUUCAUGUAGUCUAUUUACUACUAAAGAUGUUUUGAUUUAAGUUACAGCCAGAGUUGAUCAAAAUUAAAGCAAAUGGUAUUGAAAAACUAGAUUACAAAACAAACUGUGGUAUAGAAUCUCCUUUAGACAAAUCAAACAUUGAAAAAACUAAAACUUUACCAGGAUAUAGUAUAUAUUUAAUGGAUGUAUCAUUCUUUAAAAAUAAUAACUUGUAUGUAAUCCUAAAUGUAAAGGGGGUUACCUGUAUGGUAGUUUUUAAGGAUAGACUAUCAAUGAAUACUUGGUUUAGACUGUAAAAUUUGACAACUCUUGCGGUUAUUUAUUUGAAGUCAAAAAAGCGAAAAGCCUGGAAAGGAGAUGUUUAAAAAAUGAUUCUGUCUUUAAAAGCAGAAGGGACUUGAGCUGUAAUCAUGCAGGCGACAUCGAUCCCAUGUGUGAUUGCACUUUUAUAUCACUUUGUCCCAGCUGUUCAGUUAGAACCCGAAUGAUUAAGAAAUAAAGCAGACAAAACACUGUA